CUUGGAAAAUCGCCAAGCACGGACGGCAGGGGCGGAAUUUUAGUUUUCCUCCGAUCUCGUACGUGUACCGGUUCUGCCGUUCAAUGUUUAGGGUUACAGGCUAAACUAUAUUUAGCGUUAGAGAUAUGGCAAAAUGGCUGCCAAUUCGGAAAGCUCGCUCGAUCUCUCGUGCAAGAUCCGAGAUCCGCGAUCAGAACGGUCAACAACGCAACGGGUGAAAAUCCACCCUUUCCUCGUGUUGCGACAAUCUGUUUGUCUUCAAGGCCAUCACCAACCGACAAAGGCUGAUCGAAAGAAAUUGAUUCUAUUCCCCACGCUUCCUAUCAUAUAGCGACUGAGCUGCCAAUGGUCCAGCACUUGAAGAAGGCUUGGAUUCAGCGUCAAAUUGUCAACUUGUUUCUCCUGUUGCUUUUGUCAGUUCUCAUUUUGGACGUGAUCCCAACCUACGAGUACAAGGUCUUUCGCUUCCUUCAGCAACCGCAAGACGAUCUGGAUUGCUACCUAGACUUUACCGGGCUUUGGCAAGGUCGAUAUUAUCUCUUUGCUCCAGACGUGAGAAAGGAAAAUAUCCGGGUCAGUGCGAAAAUCAUCUACCCAAAUUCCACAGAAAUUGAGUGGCGAAGUCCAACAUGGGCAGGAAUGAAACCAUGGGAAAAGUGGAGAAUGUUUCGGUGGAUGGAGUAUUACGACAGCAUUCGGAUGGACCAAAACAAAGCUCUGUGGGAACCUCUGGUGAAGGUUCUGGCAAUGGAACACGUAACCGUAAGCGCGGAAACAGGGGAAAAAAUUCUUCCGGACAGGAUCGAGCUGUGGCGGCAUUGGACAACAGUGAUGCCACCUCCCAAGGAGACGGGACUCUUCGAACCAGUCAAGCUCCAGUACUAUCGCGAAGGGAAUUACCGGUACUUCUCAGCGAGGUUCCAAGAGCCACAAAGGAGUGGCUAAUGAUGCUAGUCACUGGACAGCUAUGGGAAAAUUUCUUUCAUUCUCGUACAGGCGAAGCCGGCUGUCAAUGGGCUGGAAUCAUUCGCAUUGCUUACUCGAUUGCGGCUCUGGGCAAUGUUAUAUUGACGGGGCUUGAUUUCAAAGACUUUUUCCUUCCCAGCACAAGUCGCAUCCCUCUCAAAGAAGGGCGACUUACCAUUGAUCAAGAUACUUGGAGUAUCUUCGAAUUCCUCCCACAGACAGAUACAGUCUAUUGGGUUGCCUAUUGGUUGCUCUUCUCCCAUGUUGUCCUGUUGGGUUUGGGCAUUGCCCCCAGAUUCCAAGCUGUUUUUGUCUUCUUCUGGACAUGUAUGUUUCGGCAUCACAACAAUAUAAUUUGGGACGACGAAGACACAAUUUUCAAGCAACUUGCCUUCUACCUCAUCUUCUUUCCCUUGGACAGAUACACGGUCUGGACCUUCUUCAAGCGUGAAAGCAAAAAGGAGGAAGAAGCUUCCUGGCCCAUGUGGCCUUUUCGCCUUAUGCAAAUUCAAAUGUGCCUUGUGUAUCUAUCCACUGGAUUGCUCAAGUGGAAGGGAAACGAAUGGAUUGAUGGGUCAGCCUUGUGGUAUGUCGUACACCUUGACGAACUGUACGGCAAUCUCUUCAAUCCACAUUGGAUGUUUGGGUACUAUUCAGUGCUCAAGUUUCUUACGUGGCAAACGCUGGUGUCUGAAGUGGCUUGUCCCAUUUUGGUGUGGUUUGACAGAACUCGCUCCUUUGCACUCAUUAUGAUCUUUUUAUUUCAUUUGGGCUUGGAUCUCUCCAUGAACCUCAACUUUUUUCAUUGGAUCAUGUCAGUUGGUUGGUUGAGUUUCUACGUCCAACCUGAAAAAAGUGAAAACGGGGGACCACCAACGAGAAAGAUGUCAUGAUGUCUAGCGAGGUCGUAUCAAUACCAGUAUGCUAAAAAUCGAAAAGACUAGGAGUAAUUACUAUAGAAGACGUCAUUACUACUCUCC